AGCAUUUCUUUCUUCUUCCCCACUCCGCCCCGUCGGCUUCUCGAGCCCUCUCCAAAACCCUCCUAAAACCCUAGCAUCCGUACGCCUCCGCCGCACCGAUGGCCUCCUCGGCGCAAUCGGGCGGCGCCGGAGGCGGCGGGACGAUGACCUCCAACCCCCGCGUCUGGAUCGUUGCAGGGAUCGCAGUCGCCGGCGUCAUCGUCCUCGCGGAGGCGGCGCGGCGCCGCAGGCGGUGGCUGCGGGGCAAGUCCAGCGCGCCGCCCGACGCUGGAGCCUUCUGCGACCGCUUCGAGCUCUCCCCUCCGCCGCAGCCGCCGCCUCCCGCCGCGCGCCACCUGCUCUCGGGCCUAACCUUCGCCGCCAGUGACAACUUCGAGAUCGAGGGCUAUGUAGCUGGGUUUGGAAACCCGGACUGGAAGAUGACUCAUGAGGCGCCGAGGCACACAGCAGUGACUGUCACAAUGCUGCUGAAGCAGGGGGGCACCUGCAUCGGAAGGACAGUCAUGGAUGAACUCGGCUUUGGUGUCACUGGAGAAAAUUUGCACUGUGGAACACCAACCAACCCUGCUUUUCCAUCACUUGUCCCUGGUGGAUCAUGCAGUGGAGCAGCUGUGGCAGUUGCUGCACAACUUGCCAACUUUGCUCUUGGUACCGAUACAAUUGGUGAUGUAAGAAUUCCAGCUUCUUUCUGUGGGUUAAUCAGUUUUAGGCCUUCUUAUGGUGUUGUAUCUACUCUUGGGACCAUACCAAAUUCACAAAGUCUAGAUACAAUCGGAUGGUUUGCGCGAGAUCCAAGUGUUCUGCAUCGUGUCGGAGAAGCUCUAUUACCAGCUACUGCAGGUGGACUUAAGCAAAGAAGGCAAUUUGUUUUUGCCGAUGAUUGCUUUCAGCUGCUAAAGGUCUCUAACCAGAAAACUGUGCAUGCCAUAAAAAAUGCUGUCCAGACAUUACCCGGAUAUCAGCCACCUAAACACAUCAAUAUCGGCCAAUAUCUUUAUUCACAUGUACCUAGCUUGAAGGAGUUCUGCGAACCUGCUACAAAGUUACAAGAAGGAAUGUCAGCCUUGAAAGCGCUCUCCACAGUGAUGCUGUUGCUGCAAAGAUAUGAGUUUAAGGCAAGUCACGAGAAUUGGGUUAACACUGUUAAACCUAAGCUUGGCCUUGAUAUCUCUACUCGCGUACUACGAGCUGUGAAUUUUGCACAUGAUAACAUCAAAUCUUUGUACGCAAUAAGAAAUGAAUUGCGGGCGGCACUCAAGAAUCUUCUAAAGGAUACCGGAAUUUUAGUUCUACCAACCACAGCUGGAUAUCCUCUGAAGAGAAACUCUAAAGAAAGACUAUCAUCUGGAUUUGAGGAUAGAAUGUACAAAUUUGUAGGCAUUGCUGCACUUUCUGGCUGUUGUGAGGUCACUAUUCCAUUGGCAAAUCUGGAUCACCAUGUCUCUCUUUCAUUUGUAGCAGCACAUGGAUCAGAUAAAUCCCUCCUUUGUACUAUCCUGGAUACAUAUUCUCUUAUCCAGGAACAAGUAGUUUUGGCAUCCAAGUUGGCAACGGCACCAGUAACCAAUGGUGACCUUAAUGUUGAUGUUGAUGUCGAUGCAUCAGAAUUGCUGAAAGAAAAGGGAAAUAGUGCUUUCAAAAGAAGACAGUGGAGCAAGGCGGUUCAGUUUUAUUCAGAGGCCAUCAGUUUGAGUGACACAAAUGCAACAUAUUACUGCAAUAGAGCAGCUGCUUAUCUGGAACUGGGGAGUUUUAAACAAGCUGAAGCAGAUUGUGACCGGGCCUUACUGUUGGAUAGAAAGAAUGUUAAAGCAUAUCUACGGCGAGGUUUUGCAAGGGAAGUAACUUUGAAUUACAAAGAAGCUCUUCAAGAUUUCCAGCAUGCUUUGGCUUUGGAACCACAGAACAAAAGAGCUCUUGCAGCAGAGAGAAGGCUGCAAAAACAUCUUCCAUUCCUCCACGGACUUGCUCUCUUCCCUGCACCGGCAACCAUGGAGACGCAGCAGCCCAUGCAGCAGCUCCGGACGCCGAUGGACCCGCUGGCGUCGCUCGCCUCGAGCUUCUUCUCGGUUUUCUCGCCGCUGCUGUCGUCGUCGGCGCAGCAGCAGCAGCAGCAGGGCUCCACGUUCCUGCUCCUGCCGCUCCCCGUCGCGGCGGCGCGCGCGCUAACCGUGCUCCGCCGGCUCCUGCUGCUCGCCACGCAGGCCUUCAUCUCCCUCUUCUUCAUGUUCCUGUCCGCGCUCGUGCCCGCGCCGCCGCCGCAGCCGCCGGCGCUCGCGCCCACGUUGCCGCGCAUGGAGCCGGGGUCCCCGGGGGGGGACUCCUGCGUGGGGCGCGCGCUCGCGCACGUCCUCUCCGUGGCGUCGAGGCUCCCCGUCGCCUCCCGCAAGUACGAGCUGGUGCGCGGCCUCGCGGAGCGGCUGCUCGACGACAACGUGCGCGCGGGCGGCGCGCGGGUCGGCGCCGUGAACCGGGCCGCGCUCGCCGGCGCGUUCGCGCGCACGCUGCGGCAGCUGGAGUCCGCCGCGGGAGGGGAGUGGCCCGGGAUGGAGCUGGCCGUGCGCGCGGUGCGGACGGGGAUGCGGUGGUGGAGGCCGACCGCGGCGUCGUCGCUGGACGAGGGCUUCGGCGGGCCCGCGGCCGAGAAGCUGGCCGCCGAGCUGCUGUGGCUCGGGCAGAAGAUGGCCGAGUGCGGCGCGGCGCGUGAGGCCGUGGUGCAGUUCGGCGACGCCGCGAGGCUCGGGAGCCGCGCGCUCGUGGCCGAUCCGGCGCUCCAGGUCUCGCUGCUCCGGCUUGCCGGUCCCCGGUCCCUUACAAUGUUUUUGUUCAAGCACGCCAACUCGAGGGAGUUCGAGCAGAGCACGGGCGGGAAGGAGGACAAGGGCGCGGUCGCCGAGCAGCGGAUGGCGAUGCUGCGGUCGUGGCUGCCGCUGCUGUGUCGCGGCAGCACCGGCACGGACGCGCCGGUGCUGACCGGCCGGGAACGGGCGGAGAUGGUGGUCGUGCUGGAGGACCUGAUCGACAAGCUCAGCUGGGAGCAGCGGGAGGAGGUCCUCUCGCUCUGGCUGCACCACUUCGCCGCCUGCCCCGACACCGACUGGCCCAACCUCGAGAGCUGCUACACGCGCUGGUACGCCGAGUCGCGCAGGCUGCUCGCGUAGCGCGUCGACUGCAGAAUGGAAAUCAUGUACUAUAACUCUGUAGAAGUGCUUAUGUAUGUACGCAGUAUAGCAAAAUGGAAAAAAGAUCAUAGACAUUUGACUUCAAUCACAUUAUGGAGUUGUGUAAUACUACUUUGAAUGCAGAGGUCAUGCAUGCACUUAUCAGAACACAA